AUGAAGACAGCACUCGUGUUUCUGCUGACAGUUUCACUGUCACAGUGUAAGCUGCCCUUAACCUUUUUCAAAUUGCAAGCAACACAGUUUGUCAAAAACAGUAACACCAGCGCAAACUGCGCGACAGAUUUGUCCCUCCUGAUUUCAGAUCUGUUUGAUAUGAAAAUGUGGGCACUCAAAAUGUUUGACGCCACUACUAAACUGGACGCCGGUAUCUUAAGAGGAAAUAUGCAUUUUGUAGGCGAUUACGAUUUAUGUGUGUCGAUUAAAGAAGAAACGAAAACAAGAACUGUCGAAGGAAAAUACUGUUCAGCUAUUAUAACUCUCAACACGUCUUUUACCGAACUUCAUCAGCAAAUGCCCAAGUUGAAAAAUUGGGAGAAAACGAUGUCUACAAUGCUUCUACCGGGAGAAUCGAAUGAUGUCCAAAGCCUAGGUGGUUUUAUAGGAAUUUGUGUACCAAAGUCUUGUACGUUAGGAGAUUUGGAAACUUUGACAGGCCACGUCGAAAGCAAAUUUAAAAUACCAAUACAUCUAUCUUUUCGGGAAGAACUAUGCAUCUAUAAAAACAAACCCAUUAAGAUCAACAAACUGGACUUAUUGGCAUACUGUAUCUUUAUAUUCAUCGGUGUCGUACUUGUUGCAAGUACCUUCUACGACGUUUAUCUACAGGGUUCGGGGAUUUUUAAGUUUUUCUCGGUGUACACCAACCUGAAGAAAGUUUUGCAUCAAGCGGAGAACAAAAAGUUGAAUUGUCUCAAUGGAAUAAAAGUAAUAAGUUGCUUAUGGAUUAUAUACGGGCACACAGCCGUAAUAGCCGGCAUUUCCACAAAGAAUUUGGUUUAUCAUUUGACAGAGUGGAGGUAUUGGCCCAGUGGUAUCUUUGCGUGCUCUGCGCAUUACUCCGUUGAUACUUUUUUCAUGGUUAGCGGGCUAUUGGUAAGUUACGGGUAUUUGAAGAAUUCACAAAACUUGUCCAUGAGUUUAAUCGCGUUCUACUUUAAAAGAUUAAGCAGACUCCUCCCAACUGUGGGAAUCGUAGUUAUAAUCCAGACAGCUCUGUUAAAGCUUUUCAUAGACGGACCCUUCGGACAUCUGUUUUUGGAUCUCUUCGUCGAGCAAUGCUACGACAACUGGCCUAGUAUGAUAUUUUGCACUUUUAAUUUCAUGAGAAACUUCAAGUGUGGCGUGAAUCACCUGUGGUAUAUGUCGAGUGAUAUACAAAUGUACCUUCUCGCUCCUAUAUUUUUGUUCUUUAUCAGAAAACACCCCAGAAAGGUUAUCGCAGGCAUGGGUGUUACGUUCCUGUUCGCUGUUGGCUACAGUGUGGCUGUUACGUUUAUGAAGAAUCUUGGGUUCACAUACUAUGAGUAA